CCUCGACACCCGUCUAUAGGUACAAACGCGCUCCUUCAUCCCUCAUUUGCGUAAUACCUUUGUACCACAUUCUUCCCUUUCAUUAUCCACUGAUCCCCGCAAUUCAAUUUUUGCCCCUGUCAACCUCGAUUGAUUUUCCCGGCUGGUUUCACACUAGGUGACGGCGAGUCCGUUCAAGUGAUAACUAGAGAAGAUAUCAGCCAGCGAAGCUCUUCACCAGGGCCAGAGAUCGUGCCAGUGAUCUUGACGGAUACCUUACAAUCUUCACUUCAGUCCCCUUCGAGGUUACUGCUCCUAUUGCCUGUCUCCACUCACCCGAGCGGAAGGAUGCACUGAUUAUGGAUCGAUAUCCAGAGGGGACCUUGAAUAAUCAUGGCCAGCACAGGAGGAAAAAAAGGCUGGCCAGACUUUGGAAUAGGGCGAGGCUCUGUAACUCGACGCGGUCCCACCUUCUUGACGCGCACAGCUACUGAUGAGGCUGCUCAAUUGCUGCGGAGGUCGUCAUUCCCUGGCACUCCAGAAGAGCGCCGUCCUGCAUCAGCGCACGAUGGCUCAGUACAUACUUUGUCGAGACCUGCGACCGCUCAAUCUUCUGUGUCUGUUCCUCCGCUGGCCCCGGUAGACACAACGACUUCAAAAGUUUAUGGGACUUUCGAUGGCCCUCAAGACUCCCGAGAUGAUGCCCAACCGCCAGAACCGACCGCCGCAAAUCAGACCUCGCCAGGACAUACACUAGCAGCGUAUAUCCGUGGUAUACCGGGCAAGGUAGAGAAAUCACUUCUACACAGUGAUGGCACGGCUCCACGCACAGUCGGUGGCUCGGAAAAGUUGGGCACGUUCUCAGGAGUCUUCGUUCCUACAAGUCUGAACGUCCUAAGCAUCCUCAUGUUCAUCCGCUUCGGUUUCAUACUUGGCCAGAGCGGCGUCAUAGGCAUGCUUGCCAUGUUGGUCGCAGCCUAUGCCAUCAAUUUAGUUACGACUAUGUCUCUUUCGGCGGUAGCUUCCAACGGCACCGUCAGAGGAGGCGGGGCCUAUUACCUGAUCUCCAGAUCUCUGGGUCCUGAAUUUGGUGGAGCGAUCGGCUUGGUGUCGUAUCUCGGCUUCGUUUUCAACACAGGAAUGAAUGCAGUUGCUCUGGUCGACUGUCUGUCCUACAAUUUUGGUGCCGAGUCAGGGAACUGGGCCAACGCACUACCUGAGGGUCUGUGGUGGGAGUACCUCUGGAGCACUCUAGUCGUGGUACUAUGUGUCGCUAUCUGUAUGGCCGGAAGUGCGAUUUUUGCACGUGCGAGCAAUGGCCUGCUUUUCAUUCUACUUCUGGCAACGUUUAGCGUUCCAUUUUCAGCCAUCAUUCGAACCCCUUUCGAGACUCAGAAGCAAUUCUUGCAGUUCACAGGCCUUCGCCUUGACACUCUAAAGGAGAACCUGCUUCCUCACUUCACCAAAGGAGCCGCUGGCAGCGAGCUGAAGGGUAAGGAGAACUAUCAAGAUCUUUUUGGCAUUUUAUUCCCCGCAACUGGAGGCAUCCUCGCAGGAGCGAGCAUGUCAGGCGAUCUGAAGAAUCCUAGUGUGUCUAUCCCCCGGGGUACACUUGGUGGAUUGGCCUUAACCUUCGUCGCAUACACCUUGGUGGUUGUAGCUAUGGCUGCGAGCAUCACCAGGGAAUCCUUCUACCGAAACAUCAACGUCGUGCAGGACGCCAGCAUAUCAGGGAUAUUAAUUCUGGCCGGAGAGUUGGCAUCGACGUUCUUCUCCGUUUUAAUGGGCAUCAUCGGACCAGCCAAGCAACUACAAGCCAUUGCCAGAGAUAGAGUGGUUCCGGGGCUCUCUAUAUUUGGACAAGGGACGAAGAAGAAGGAUGAGCCAAUUUAUGCCAUCCUUUGCACCUUCGCAGUCACUCAGCUGGUGCUCCUUCUCGACAUCAACCAAAUUGCUUCGCUGAUUACAAUGACUUACCUAAUGACUUUUUUCGCUCUGAACGUGGCCACGUUCCUGUUGAAGAUUGGUUCUGCGCCAAACUUUCGGCCUUCGUUUUCGUAUUUCAACUGGUGGACGGCGGCCUCUGGGGCACUUCUCAGCGUCGGCAGCAUGUUCUUUGUCGAUGGAAUUUCAGCGUCUGGGUCGGUUUGUCUUCUUCUCAUCCUCAUCAUAAUGAUCCACUACACGACUCCGCCAAAGCCUUGGGGCUCAAUUUCAGAAGUCCUCAUCUAUCACCAAGUCCGAAAGUAUCUCCUGAGACUCAGGAACGAGCAUGUCAAAUUUUGGCGCCCGCAGAUCCUUCUACUCGUUAAUGACCCUAGAAGGAGUUACAAACUCAUUCACUUCUGUAACUCGCUUAAGAAAGGCGCCUUGUUCAUCAUCGGCCAUGUCAUUGUUACGCAGAACUUUGGCGCCUCCGUGCCCGAAGCACGUCGUCAGCAAGCAGCUUGGAACAAGUUUAUCGAUAUCUCCAAAAUCAAGGCUUUUGUCAAUGUGGCAAUUUCGCCUUCCAUUGAAUGGGGGGCUAGAAAUGUCUUUCUCUCCGCUGGGUUGGGGGGCAUGCGCCCUAACAUUGUCGUCUUCGGCUUCUACAAUUUACAACAGUUCAGAUCCGAGCAACCCUUAGUCGACGUACCGAGCCCGCCUCCAGAACGAAAAGCCGGAUCGGUUAGACGUCGUCGUACCAGCAGAAGCCAGGUCCGAGGCGAAUUGCCUACCGAUGUGUGCUAUGUGGAAAAGAGAACAGAUAUCCAGAGCUAUGUCAUGGUUUUGGAAGAUAUGAUCCUCAAGCUGCGGACCAACGUUGCUGUAGCAAUAGGUUUUGCCGACCUGGAACUUCCUAAAGCGAAAGCUACUGUCACAAAGAAAUACAUCGACCUCUGGCCCAUCCAGAUGUCCGCGGAACUUACAUCUGAAGCCGAUGGUCAACCGCAGAAUGUCACAACCACGAAUUUCGACACCUAUACCCUCAUCCUGCAGCUUGGGUGCAUUCUCAACACUGUGCCGUCGUGGAAGCGAUCCUACAACCUUCGAGUCGCCGUCUUCGUUGAAUACGAGGCUGAUGUGGAAGAGGAAAGAGCCCGGGUCACGUCCCUCUUAGCAAACCUACGGAUCAGGGCCGAGGUUCUUGUGUUCUGGCUGGCUUGUGGCACCAUCAAAUCCUACAACUGUAUCGUCAAUGGGCAAGAUGUCGAUGACGAGACGCAAGACCAAGUCAACAAAGUCCUGGAGGACGAGGCAUGGUGGCAAGACCUUCUCAAACUCCGAGGCAAGUCCAGGUCUGGCGAUGUUAGUGCCGUGGAUGCCCUUUCGAUGGCUGAUGAUUUCAUGUGGCCAAACUCGUCCCUGCCGAGCAGAAGAGACAGUGCUUUCGUUCGGAUGGAUGGUCUGCGCAGGAUAUUGACGCAUCCAAGAAAGAGAUCGUCAUUUGGCAAUUUGUCCAGUCUUGGGGUGAGUCUUUCUAUGAGAACUUCACGCAUAGACGACGACAUGCUCAGCCGCCAUGCAUCUCAUCCAAGUGACUCUGAACGCUCUGAUUCCGAGGACGAUGACGAAGAAGAUGGCGAGGAAGAGGAGAUGUCAGAUGAUGAAGAAUCUGAUGCCAGUUUAUCAGACGAGGGCGGAGACCAGAUACACGAAUCCGCUGGAAGUCUGAGGUCUGCUCUCAAAACCAAAUCCUCAUCGUCCAAGAAGAGUAGCCGGGCGAGCUCAAAAAAGUCGAGUCGCAAAAGGCAAAGGGAAGAAGCUCCGAGGACGGAACACGCUUUUUCCGCUGAGCCGGAAUUGCAAUUCGAUGAAGGUAUUCCCCCUUCAGGUGACGAGGCUGUCGAUCGAGGCCGCAGAGCUGCCGGGUCGGACUCUGGCGUACCGUCGCUCAACUCAAGUCUUGAAAUUACAGCCUCAUCACAAAGAUCUCGAGCACCUUCACCAAAUUUCACAUCCGAGUCUAUCCCUUUAACCAAGGUGCCCAGUGACGAAGGAGCCGGUCCAUCAAUCAUGUUCGCCGACCAUCCGCACCCACGGCGACAAAAGGAUGAAGAGACCAUCCAGGCGGCAGGACGAUCAAUUUACCAACGGACAAGAGAGGAUAGCACUGCUCCCCAACCGUCAGCUUCUGGCUUUCCUACAACGGCCUCGAUACCGUUGUCAUUCAACGACCUACCGAGCCGAGCACAACAUCUGAUCUUGAAUGAACUGAUAUCACAGAAUAGUGAUGACACGGCCGUCAUCUUCACCACAUUACCGGCACCGGUGGAAGGAACAUAUCGUAGCGAGACUGAUAGCCUUGGGUAUAUCAGUGAUUUGGAGGUGCUGGCUGGUGGACUGCCACCGACGUUGCUGGUGCAUAGCAACAGCAUGACCGUCACUACGAAUUUAUGAGAGGGUCAACGAACUAUUUGCGGGCCCAAAGGAGACCUUUAGGCUCCCUAGCAUUCUCUGAAGACCAGAAUAGAUGAUACAUAUUUUAG